UCACCUGAAAAUGGGAAACAAGAGCCUAGUCCUUUUGGUCGCGUCUAUAGCGCUCGUUGAUUUCGUUUGCGGUCAGAGCUACUGUGACAUAUCGUCAUGUGGGAACAAUAAACGAGCCCAUACUUUAUGCCGCUUCAACCCGAACGUGGUGUCAAAAAAAUGCACCGAUAAAGGAGACUACGGGGGCGGUCUCUCACAAGCGGAAAAAGACGUCCUUCUUAAUAAGCACAAUGAGUUGCGUGAUUAUGUCGCACAGGGCAGUGAAAGAAGAGGAGCACCGGGACCCCAGCCGGCUGCCAAAAACAUGCAAAGAAUGGUAUGGGACAACGAAUUAGAGAAGAUAGCGCAAACGUGGGCGAAUCAGUGCUCAUUUGAACACGACACGUGCCGUAAUGUUGGUCGUUUCUCAGUUGGCCAAAAUAUAUACCAGGCCGGGACGUCCGGUGAUCCCCGAUCCAUAAACGUUGUGCAAGCGGUAGACUCGUGGUACAAGGAAGUCAUGUAUUUCGACAGGAAUGAUGUUCGUCAGUUCAGAGAUGUAAAUUCAAGAAAUGGAAAAGUAAUAGGUCAUUACACGCAAGUAGUAUGGGCUGACAGUAAUAGGCUGGGCUGUGGCUCCAGAAACUACAACGAUGGAAAGUGGAAAUGGAAGUACAUCGUUUGCAAUUACGGACCGACUGGGAACUGGAUUCGACAAUCGGUUUAUCAGCCGCGUUGAAGGUCCCUUUAAUUCUAUCAAUAAAUAUUUUGGUAAAAAAUAGUUUACCUUUUUUUCUUGUUAAUAAAGAAAAAAAUUUAAUUCAUCUACUAAUGUAAAAUAUGACAUGAAUAAAAAGUUUGAGCAGCCAAGCA